AUGCCAUUCAGACUGAGAAGGACCCGGAAACUCAGGGGCCACGUGAGCCACGUGAGCCACAUGAGCCACAGCCACGGCCCCAUCGGUCAGCACCGCAAGCACCAAAGAGCCCACAGCCACGCUGGAGGCAUGCGUUACCACGACGACAGAUAUCAUCCAGGUUACUUUGGGAAAGCUGGUAUGAGGCAAUCCCACUUGGAGAGGAGCCAGAGCUUCUGCCUAGCUGUCAACCUGGAUAGAUUAUGGACAUUGUUCAGGGAGCAGACAUGUGUCAGUGCUGCAAAAAACAAGAGCAGGGCUGCUUCCAUCCUUGAUGUUGUGCAAUUGGGCUACCACAGAGUUCUGGGGAAGGGAAAGCUCCCUACGCAACCUGUCAUUGUGAAAGCCAAAGUCUUCAGCAGAAGAGCUGAAGAGAAGAGUAAGGGUGUGGGUGUGUCCUGGUGGCUUGAAGCCACCCAGAGGUAA